AACAGUGAGAAAGUAAUUAUUUGUUAUAGUCCAAAUAUUUAUAAACAUUCUUCUAUACAACAUGCACGGAAUAUCACCAAAAGUUCAGAAAUAGUUCAGUGUCUAGUACACAUGAAAACUAAUACCAAGGUUGUGAAAAAUGACUUCUUGGGAGAGAGAACAAAUAUUUUGGUUCUCUAAGUUGGUACAUGAACACUUUUAGGUACAAGUAGGUAGAAAAUGCAACCUCUCUAUGCUCACAACAAAUAAGCCUAUUAAAGACCAUGUAUCAUCUUACUUAUAAAUCGGUACGACUGUUGAACACCCAGAUGUUGUCAACGUUACUUCCCUCUUAUUUUGAAAUUUGAAACAGGAUAAAGACACCGUGAAAGCAGUCUUGACGUUUGAACGUCAACACACGCAUGCAGACACUAUCCUCAUAUACAUGCACACAGACAAGCACCUUUGGCUGGACUGACCCGCAGACAGGGGGCAUUUCUCAAGCACAGCACUGGACUGGUUACGGUGCACUUGUCAUCACAACUAAGGCGAUUGCAACCAAAAACAACUUGACUCGACUUUCAAGGAGUAAACGUUUCUGCACGAGGCUUCAACUACAGAGCUGCACAGUUCAUUCCAUGUCAAAACUAAGAGAAGAGUUAGGGUUUGUGCUGCAGUGGCAGUAGUCCAACUCCACCACCAGGGCCGCUCGGAAGUAACAUCUUAAUACAAAGCAAACAAAGAAGAAAGCCUCUGUUUGCACAGGCACCACCUUGCUACCUCUUCUCAUCCCCACUCCCCCCUUUUCAUCACUGUCCUGGCCAAGCAUCUGCAUCACCCACACUCCAACACCAUCCGUCAUAACUCAUCUCAGAAUGAACUCCUCCACCUCCAUCACAUCACUGUUCUCCUUCACCAGCCCGGCUGUAAAGCGCCUGCUUGGUUGGAAGCAGGGUGAUGAAGAGGAGAAGUGGGCCGAAAAGGCUGUGGACUCUCUAGUGAAGAAGCUCAAAAAAAAGAAGGGGGCAAUGGAGGAGCUGGAAAGGGCGCUCAGCUGCCCAGGGCAGCCCAGCAAAUGUGUGACGAUCCCUCGUUCACUGGACGGGAGACUACAGGUGUCACACAGAAAGGGUUUGCCCCACGUCAUCUACUGCAGAGUGUGGCGCUGGCCUGACCUGCAGUCCCACCAUGAGCUGAAAGCCCUGGAGUGCUGCGAGUUCCCCUUCGGCUCCAAGCAGAAGGACAUCUGUGUCAACCCCUACCACUACAGGCGUGUGGAGACCCCCGUGCUGCCACCAGUUCUGGUGCCACGCCACAGUGAGUUCAACCCCCAACACAGUUUACUGGCAAAGUUCAGAAAUGCCUCCCUGCACAGCGAGCCUCUGAUGCCACAGAACGCCACGUUCCCUGACUCCUUUCCUCCACUGCCCUGCCCCUCCUUCUCCUCCACCACCACCUCGUCCUCCAUGGCACAGUCUCCCACCUCACAGAGCUACCCCGACUCUCCCAACAGCUCGGCAGAACCUGGCAGUCCUUAUCACAUCACAGCUGAGACUCCUCCACCUCCAUACAGCAUGAUGGAGACCAGUCCUCAAGAGGACGUUAAACCCAGCAAUUCUUCAGGAACCCCUAAACUCAUGUUCUCCGCUCCACACACAGAUUUACGGCCCGUGUGCUACGAAGAGCCAGAGUACUGGUGUUCCAUCGCGUACUACGAGCUCAACAACCGGGUCGGUGAGACGUUCAACGCGUCCUCGCGCAGCGUCCUGGUGGACGGUUUCACAGACCCGUCUAACAACAAGAACCGCUUCUGCCUGGGUUUGCUGUCCAACGUCAACCGCAACUCCACCAUCGAGCACACCCGCAGACACAUAGGCAAAGGUUUACACUUGUACUACGUCGGGGGGGAGGUGUACGCCGAGUGUCUAAGUGACAGCAGCAUCUUCGUCCAGAGCCGCAACUGUAAUUUCCAGCAUGGCUUCCAUCCGACCACCGUGUGUAAGAUACCCAGCGGCUGCAGCCUCAAGAUCUUCAACAACCAGCUAUUCGCUCAGCUCCUGGCCCAGUCUGUGAGCCACGGCUUCGAGGUCGUCUAUGAGCUCACCAAGAUGUGCACCAUUCGAAUGAGCUUCGUCAAGGGCUGGGGCGCUGAAUACCACCGUCAAGAUGUGACCAGCACCCCCUGCUGGAUUGAGGUACACCUGCACGGCCCCCUGCAGUGGCUGGACAAGGUGCUCACACAGAUGGGUUCUCCACACAAUCCUAUUUCCUCAGUGUCAUAACAUGACCACACACACACACGCGCGCGCGCGCUUCAGUGUGUGUUUUCAGGUCUUUAUCACAGGUAGUCGUAGAUUCUGUAUCCUCUACUGUGUCCAGCUGUCCAGUCCCUGCUGCCCUGACUCUCCAGCUCACAGAACGAUUUCAGUUACAGCUUCGUCCAACCAUACAGCGAAAGUGAAAGACAUGCAAAAGCGCUAGCUCUUCAACAAGGACAUGUAUCCAGAUAUUCAUGUGUUUAUUUCAACAGUUAUCUCCUCUCUGCGAUCUUCCAUCAGGGUAUGGUAACUGCACUCCAAAACAAGAGUAUUUGGGAUAUGUAGGUACUCAAGUUUGUGUUGUUAUAUGUUAUGAAUGUUAUUAUUGUAGUAUGUAUUGUAUUUACAAGUGUUGAAAGUUUGACUUCCUGUACUGGUUGCUUUAUCCUCAUUCCAUUAAAGUGAGUUUUCUGUAA